AUGUACUCUGGCCCUUCAAAACCGGGAGACCCUAUUGACUUAGAAUAUUUCCUGACUACUGAUAAACCAGAGGAAAAAGUUGCAAAAUGCCCCCCAGAAAUAUUUUUUAAUUUGGGAAUCAAUCCUGUUGCUGAUGGUUCUGCCUACCUUGAAGUGGGUGAUAUCAAGGUUGCUUGCUCCGUCAUUGGUCCUACUGAAAUGCGUCAAGAUAGUCAGUUGGUCACUGCGCUGAAAUUCGCUCCUUUUCUGUCAUGGUUGCCUAAAGAAAGCCAGUUAUCGUUAGAGAAGAAACUAGGACGUCUAUUGUUGAGUGCUAUUGAGCCUUCUGUUAUGCUGCAUCAAUUCCCGAGAGGGAAGUAUGAAAUCGUGGCAAAUAUUUUGGAUAUAUGUCCACAUAACUCAACUGGAUUGGUGGGAGAUUGUCUGGCUGCUGCUAUUACGUGUGCAGGACUAGCUUUGGUUAACUCUGGUGUUCAAAUGUAUGAUCUUCUGAUUAGUUUGAAUUUGAAUCUGUCCAAUCUUGGAAAUGAAAAUGGACACAUUUGUGUUGCUGUUUUACCUCGUCUACGUCAAUUUUCUUUGUUGUAUACAGUGGAUUCACAUAUACCUGAUUCGAAAUUUCUGCAGAAGUCUUUAACCUAUGCUAUGGACAAUUGCAUUAAGCUUGCAGAUGUAAUUCGGAAUAAUCUCUGUGGACAGCUUAAAAUUAAGAAGUAA